CUGAUAUACAUCAUACAAAAGCAGCGUAAGUAGAGAAGUAUCAAAGACAACAACCAACGAGAUAAAAUGAUAAAACCAGUUGUGAAGUUACCGACUCUCCUGUUAGGGUUUCUCUUCCUCAUAUAUGCUCUUCAUGUUCUUCGAGGUGGAUCUCUUGCUGAAGAUCUCUUGAUCGGACGGAAGUUUUCGAAGCUCACAUCUCCGAGACCAAUUGAAACAACAAAUGUAGCGACUCGAUCGUUGAAAGACUCCAUGUCGUCGACAGAUUUAGAAAGAGAGGUGGAUCAACUAAUGAGGCACGAGUAUCCUUCACCAGUGAAUCCGAGGAAAAGAAGUCCAGUUCACAAUUGAUUAACUUUUAAUUUGUGUUUACUUUAGUAGUUUAUUAAGUUACUUGAAAUGGAUGUAAUAAUGCUGAAUAUGAGUACAUUAUAUUACUUUAUAUAAGAGUUCA